UGUAGAACAGCAAUUACUGAAAAAAAGAGACGUACACACACCAAAAGGGAAGAGAAGCAGAUUUUCUUUCUGGGAAACUUAAAAGAGACAACUAUGGAGAAACAGGAGCAGUCCUCCUGGGGAAUGGGACUGCUAAAGACCUUUGACUCUGAUGAGUUUGCGAGCUGGGAAAAAGUUGGAUCUGGUGGUUUUGGACAGGUUUACAAGGUCCGUCACAUUCACUGGAAAACAUGGCUGGCCAUCAAAUGUCCCCCAAGUCUUCAUGUGGAUGAGAAGGAGAAUGCAGAAUUGCUGGAGGAAGCCAAGAAAAUGGAGAUGGCAAAAUUCCGUUAUGUACUCCCAGUUUACGGGAUCUGCAAAGAUCCAGUGGGACUAGUCAUGGAGUACAUGGAGACCGGUUCACUGGAAAAAUUGCUGGCUUCAGAAAUAUUACCCUGGGAACUGCGCUUCCGUAUCAUUCAUGAGACGGCAGUGGGCAUGAACUUCCUUCACUGUAUGUCCCCGCCACUAUUGCAUUUGGAUCUAAAGCCUGCAAAUAUACUGCUGGAUGCACACCAUCAUGUCAAGAUCUCAGACUUUGGGUUGGCACGAUGGAAUGGAUUGUCUAACUCGCAGGACAUCAGCAUAGAUGGUUUCUGUGGUACAAUCGCAUAUCUACCCCCAGAACGUCUGCGGCAGAAGAGGGUUUCCGAUAUUAAGCAUGAUGUAUAUAGUUUUUCCAUUGUCAUCUGGGGGAUUUUAACGCAGAAGAAGCCCUUUGCAGCUGAAACAAACAUUCUGCACAUCAUGGUCAAAGUGGUCAGUGGACUUCGUCCUGAGUUAUCGGCAAUUCCAAAGCCUAGGCCACCAGCGUGUAAGAGAUUGUUAAAGCUGAUGCAACAAUGCUGGAAGGAGGCCCCCAGUGACCGCCCGACAUUUCAAGAAAUCACGUCAGAAACAGAAGAACUUAGCACCAAGCCACAAGAAAUAGUGCAAGAGAAACCAGAACAGUCUUUGGUUUCUGGCCAAACAGAUGAAGCAACCAGAAAGGGUCCAGCAGUUGAAGUUGAGCAGCCGGUUCAGCAAGGACUGUCCAAGCGGGUGUUCGACAGUGAGGAGUGCAGCCUUUCCCAGCUGCUCUCCCAGUUGGACUCCGGUAUCUCCCAUGACUUUGAGUCGACUGGCAAUGAAUGCCCAUCGACCGGAGAGAUGGCCGACAGCAAAAAGCGUCUGUCGGGCAUCUCGUCCAUCGACUCUGCCUUCUCAUCCCAGGGAUCCAUAUCGUUAUCUUUUGGGAAGGAAACCGGAGGAGUUGAGCAAUCAGUCUCCAACAUACCAAAGAAGAAACUCUAUGAAGCCAUUGUGUCCGGAGAUGUUGGAAAGUUGAUGAAGCUCCUGCAGCCUCAAGAUGUGGACCUGGUCUUGGAUGAUGGCAUGAGCCUCCUCCACUACGCUGUUCAGCUGGACAAUGAGGAAGCUGUCCGCUUGCUGCUGUUGUACAAUGCCAACCCGAAUGUUGCCAACAAGCGAGGCUCAACGCCACUUCACCUGGCCUCAGAGAAGAACCUAAAGGUCAUUGUGGAGCUACUUCUGGGGAAAAAGGCUAACGUAAAUGCCAAGGAUGAAGAUCAGUGGACUCCCCUCCACUUUGCAGCACAGAGUGGUGAAGAAACCCUCUCGAGGCUACUCCUGGACAGGAAUGCUUCAACAAAUGAAGUGGACUUUGAGGGUCGGAUGCCACUCCAUGUUGCUUGCCAGCACAGCCAUGAAAAUGUGGUCCGUGUUCUGCUGAGCCGGGGGGCUAAUGUCCAAGCCAAGGGGAAGGAUAACUGGACGCCCUUACAUUUCGCUGCCUGGCAAGGGCAUCACGUGAUCACAAAGCUUCUCAUCAAGCAGGCCAGGGCAAACAAGGAAGGAGUGACAGCUGACGGAAGAACCCCGCUCCACUUAGCAGCCCAGAGGGGCCAGUACAGGGCAGCUCGUAUCCUGCUGGAAUGCAAGGCUGCGGUGAACAGGAAGACCUUGAGCUGCCAGACGCCUCUUCACCUUGCUGCCGAAAAUGGGCACACCAGCACCUCCAGGCUUCUGAUCAAGCACGGUGUGGACAUCGACGCAACAACAGCGGAGGGAUGGACCUCCCUUCACCUGGCUUCUGAUCGUGGUCAUCUGCCCACUGUAAAGAUGUUGAUUGAAGAGAAGGCAAAUGUUGAGGUCAGGGCUUCCCUUCAGAGGACAGCUCUGCAUUUAGCUGCAGAUAAAGGGCACAGUGAAGUGGUGAGGGAGCUGCUUGGCAGCACAGUAAAUAUAAACGUUACAGACGACGAAGGGCUUACACCCCUGCACUUAGCAUUGAGGUCUGGACAUUCCAUAACUGUUGAGAUCCUCCUGGCACAUGGGGCAGAUAUUAAUUUGCAUGGAAGUAUGCUUCAGACACCAUUAAGUCUGUCACAGGAAAUUGGGAGCAGCUUCCUCGAUGAUGCCCUUCAGAGCCUGACAGAUUUCGAUGUAGAAGUAUUGUGAGGUAGCCAAAAAUCAAGAGCGGUGGCAACGGAACUAAACCUCCAAUCCUGCUGAGAUAUUACACAGGGUUACCUGAGAUGGGGGAAUGCUUGAACAGUAGAAGAGCUCCAUUUAACGUAACUGUCCAUUGAAUGGGCUUUGACAGGAAGUCACCCGAGGAAUUUCUGUCAGUACGUUGAGAUUGUGGAGGACAAAUCAAGAGGAAUGCUGUGGACUGAGGCUUUGUUAAACCUUUCUGUACUCUCCAAACACAUUCCAUUGGGAACUUUAGUGGUUGGAGCAUCCUUUGUACCCUCAAACUAUUUAAUUGCUGGAUUGACAGCAUGCCAACCAAAAUAUGCAAUCAGUUCUGAAGUGUAUCUCUCGCACCAAUCUCAUCAUUUGUAUACAUCUUGCUCAUGAUAAUCAAUAUUGCUGAACGGGAUCUCCAAGGCAUUAACCUGCAGUGACAUUGAGCUUCAUAAUUUGUGCCAGAGGUAAUGUUGCCUUUAUGCUGGAUCAAUACUGUUGAACUCACUUUGGAUCUGACUUGCCUUUGAAAGAGCAAGCAUACACUUAAUGGAUGCAUUAACUGUUUUAGUCUACAAUUAAGUAAGCAGAUUAUCACCUGACCUAUUGAAACAAAAAAUGAAAAGCAGCACUUGAGCAGAAGCCUUCAUGUACCACAUUGAAGAUGCACAUAAAAUGGGAUAAUGUAUUUUUUCCAUCCCUACAUUUGCAUAUGUUAAUUUGUCUCAUUUGUUUGUUGUAACAUUGUUGUGGUUGAUCUGGUAUGUUUCACUGAAUCUAAGUACAAUUUGAUGCUUUUUCCUUUGAUCCAUAAGUAAAUUGUUUGUCUGGUAGCAUGCAUGAGAAUGUGUAGUAAACAAGUCUAUUAUAUCCAAAGCCUUUCCACUAUAUAAUCUUCAUUAUUACCAGUAGGAAAUGAAUCAAAUGCCAUAUUAUUUGUACUGUAUUAUAUUGACCUUUGUGAUCAUACACAAUUUUACUUCAAUCUGAUCUUUCCCUAUUGUGUUUUGCAUUUUUGCUUCAUGUAAUAGUUUUCAGGAAUUUUAUAUUUAAUAAGUAUUAUAAAGGAAAAUGAUACCAAAGUGGGAACCCUACAGAGAUCUGGGUAAUACUAUCUGAAUAGACUGGCUAACUUGCUUUUUCUUUGUUACACAGUUACUACAAAGGCCAUUUCAAAUGAAAACUUGUAUAAAAUCUCCAGUGUUUUGUUUUGCAUUAAUAGUCCUUUAAUGUUUUUAUCUAUAAAAACAAUGAAAUUGUUAUGAUUCUUCUCAGAACCAAAGGAAAAGGGAGAAAUGUGUUAGGUAGAAGUAUAUGUCGUGAUCCUUGGACCAUCAACACUCAAAAACUGUGCUGCCAUUUACUUUAGAGACUAGUCACAAGUGCAAAAUAAUUUUUCUUUAAAAAAAUGAUCACAAUAUUAAACUUGUACGACUAUUAAAGUUUCCCUUUGGCCAGUGUGACACAGGUUUUAAGUGCAUACACCAAAUUUUAGAUUAGCUAAAAAUAUACUUAUAGAAAAUUCACAGCUUAUUGCUUCUUAUCUAGAGUCAAAAAUUUAAAAGCAUCUGCCAAUUUGUAAAUUUGCUGCAUCAUUAUUUAACCUUUGGAAUGUUUAUACCUAUAAGACUAUCAAGUCUGAAAGGAAUGUGCCUCCAGUUAAUCAUAACCCCACCUUAGCAGAAUAGUAAGACAAUAUACAGGGUGUAAAGCCUGUCUGUUGAAAAAGAAAUGUUUGUGGAGGAAGAUGUUAUCAAGAAGUUCCAAAACUCAUUGAGGAAGUAUCUGUGCCUCUUUAAAGCUGAACUUUAGCUUGAAUGUUUCCAAGUUAGUGACAAUAAUUCAAUACAACCUUGUGUUAACCCGAGCAAGUGAAAAGAAUGUCCCUCUGCAGUGGCCUGUACCUCCUGACUGGCUGACUUCAUUUUCAAUACUCCACUGACUGUGGCUGAAGUACUGACUUUCCUUUUUCACACUUAGCCGUGUCGAUGGAGAUUUGCUGGGUAGGAGGUGGAGUACUUUACAGGGGUGUAAAUAGAAAAUACAUCAAUACUUGGGCCAUUGUGCAUCAUAUUUUAAAGUAUCUCAGGUGGUGUUGUUGAUUUUUCCUUUAAUUUUUCAGUUAUCUUAAUUGCUAUGCGAUUAAUGGAAAUAUGUACGCUUUAGUACAUUUUAGAGGCAAUGUUUGCUUUGUACUGUCAUAGACUGCUAGUUAUUCUCAUUGUAACUAACAUUGUUAUUUCAUUAAGACUACUAA